AUGCAAGCCGACGACGGAGAAUUUGACUUGACUUCAAGUUUUUUAGAAACUCCAUCGUUAAUGACUCCUAAUAUUGUUUUGAAUGCACAACCGAUAAAAUCAGUAUUCGUCACAGCACCAGCUCACGCUGCUAAUGGUAAUGAUAUCAGUUCAACGUCUAAUCCAUCGUCAAUAUUAUCAACAGCUAGUGAAACAUCUUCGUGUUUGUCAUCAGCUGAUGCAAAAGUAUCAAAAAUUCAAGAUGAACUUAAACAAAGUUUUAAUGAAACGCGACAACCCACGCCAUCACCAUUUCAAAGAAUCAGCUCAACUCCUGUUUCUAAUUUUGAUAAACCUAAUGUUCCUAACGGUAAUGAUGAUGUAGCUUCAGUGAAAGUACCAUCGACAGCAGAUGUAGUCACGGACUUAGAAGCACUCGCAAAUUCAAAUCCUUUACAAUUUCAAUCGAAAGCAUUAAUGAAUGAUAAUCAGGAAUAUGAAACAACGCCAUCAACUAGUGAUAAUAUUCGAUAUGAUGCCUCGCCAACAGUAAAUUUAGUUCCUAAUGUAUCACCAAAAAAAAAGUUUCUGAUCCGAAGUCAAUCCCACACUGAACCAGCUUCACCAAUGCAAAAUAAUCAUCAUCUAUCCCAAUCUCAAAAAUCCAAUCACGAUAAUAGUAUGUUAAAUACACAAAAUGAUCUUGAUGACGAGAAUUCAAUGGAUGAUUCAAUUGGUAAUAACUUCACUAGAGUAUCUGAUUUACCAAUAGUAGUACAUUCUAUGGAUAUAAAUAACGAUAAUAAUAAUCAACAAUUUAAAUCUGUUAUCGACAAUGGACAUGAACAGCAUCAUAAUAUGCAAUUAAAAAUUGAACGAAAUAUAAUAUAUCAUGAAGCGGCAAAGCAGCAAAACUUGGUAUCAAAUCAUAUUAAUAACAAUAACAAUAACAAUAACAAUAAUAAUAAUAAUAAUAAUACGAAACGAUCAUUUCAACAGACUAACACUGGUAAUACUAUGCCAACACUAUCGAAAACAAACACUAUUAUCAUGACGCAGCCAACACUAAAUGAAGUGACAUCCACUGAUCAAUUAUCAAAUGGGAAACGACAACGAACAGCUACAAUACCUAUAAAUGCAACAGUUAUGAAUUUUCGUCCAUCUUUUACGCCAGUAUCUACACCAGGAGUAAUUUCAACCAAUACGCUCACAUCAAACACAACAACAAAUGGUGGAUCUGAAGAUCAGCGUAAAAAACAGAUUCGUGAUAGUAAUCGCGAAGCGGCACGACGUUGUCGAGAACGUCGUCGGCAAUAUAUUGAGCAACUUGAAGGAAAUUUAGAACAAUAUAAAACACAAAUGAAACAAAUAAGCGAUAAAUUAGCUCGUCUCGAACGUGAAAAUACUCAAUUGCGAGCUAUUAUUUCUGAAACGAAAGUUAUUCAUCAAGGAUCACGCGUAUCAGCAAAUGAAGGGCAUAUUGAUUAUGCUAAUAUUAUGUUAACCACUGGAAUGGAUAUUAAUUCAGAAUCAAAUCAUCAAAUGGAUGGAAGAACAAUACAAAGAAGUUACAUUGAUAGAAACAAUCUUUAG